CAUUGAUGCCCGUUGCUCAUAGAUGUAAUGUGAUAGACAAGAAAGCGUGUUUCUGAGGAAAGGCGUGUUUAGAUAUAAGCGUCAAGUCCGACAUUCCUGUACCAUUCGUAGUCCGUAAAGGGCGUUCCAAGUCGAUAAUCACAAGAUCCAUUUCCAAAACAACGUUUAACACUAACUCCCAAAGACAAAGGACCACCACCAUGGCUCGUGUUCAAAUAUGGUCUGCAUUGGUGUCCUUGGUUCUAGUUUCCAGUGUACAGGCCUCGAAAAUCUUACUUUUAUCAGCCCCUACAUAUAGCCAUUGCGCAGAAGUGAGCAAUGUCGGCCAAGAACUUGUCAACAGAGGGCAUGACGUCUCUAUACUGUUUAGUAAGACGUAUAAACACAAAAACUGUCACCUGAAGGGCGCCAGCGGAACAAAGCAAAUACACACAAUUCUGAUGACCCCAGAGGCAGAUGUCCAGUCCGCGGACGAGAUGACCCAGAACAUUUCCUCCUCUUUGCUGGAUGGGAAGGAUUUCUCCAUCAUAACACGUUUAGGGACUAUGUCAACGCUUGUCCGUUGUGUAUGCAGUAAUGUUUUAUCAGACACCAAAACGCUGAGGAAUUUAAGGGAUGAAAACUUUGACUUGGUUAUCUUGGAUGGAACAUUUAUGAGUUAUUGUUUCUUUGUGGUACCCUACGUCAUGAAUGUUCGGUAUGUGGCUGUGAGUACUGUGUUUGAUGAUUUCGUCAGUGGCAGGCCUUUCUUGCCGAGCAUUUCCCCCAACCUUCAGUCGCAGUAUACCGACAGCAUGACAUUUUUCCAAAGGCUGCACAAUACCUUAUCUUAUGUGGGCUUGCAUCUGAUGGGCCGAUAUCUAAUGCCGAUGGACCUAGUGUCUCCCCUAGCUCCAGAGUUGUCAAGACACGACAUCAUCAACAUGGUAGCGAAGUCAGAAUUGUUUCUUUACAACUACGACACUAUUUUAAGUUACCCACUUCCCCAGAUGCCCAACCACGUGAUGAUUGGCGGAAUCGCAACAGGUCCGGCACAGCCUCUGACUGGAGAGGUUAAGAAGUAUUAUCAAAAGUCCUCAGAUGGCGUUGUCUUGGUCACAUUUGGAGGAAACUCAAUGGACUUUCCAGAAUCCAAAGUGAAGGCUUUAUUACGGGUGUUUAAGAGGUUAAAAUUAAACGUACUGUGGAAGUAUGGAGAUUCGCGGCAAAAUGGAAACGUUAAAGUGAUGAAGUGGGUUCCGCAGAACGAUUUACUUGGUCACCCACAGACAAAGGUUUUCGUCAGCCAUUGUGGUAAUAACGGAGUUUUCGAGGCUCUGUACCACGGUGUUCCACUAGUGUGCACGCCAAUUAUCGGUGAUCAGUUUUUCAAUGGAGUUCGAGUAGAGCACUGGGAAGUAGGCGUCAUGGCUCCUUUGAUGGGGUCAACAGAGGAACAACUUUACAACGCCAUAACGGAAGUUCUUUCCAAUUCGAAAUACACGGAGAAUAUGAGAAAAGCUUCAGCAAUGUUUCACAGUCAGUCAAAAUCGCCACGAGAGAGAGCGGGUGACGCUAUAGAGCAUGUGUUAAGGUUUGGUGGGGAUCACCUGAGGUCACGUGCUUUAGAUAUGAGUGUGUUUACCUACAUGGGUUACGAUAUAGUCUGCUUUACAUCAGUCUCUGUUAUUGUCACCGUUCUUGUCUGUGUUAAAUGUGCAAAACGUCUGUCAAAACGCUUUUGUCGACGAGCUGCAAAGAAGCAGAAAACAAGCUAGAUAUGUAUUUUUCAUAGUUUGUGGAUAACAAAUUGAUUGAAUAUAUUUUCAGUGAGAUAUGACAUUGCUGUAUUUGUUUGAUUGUCUUUAUUGAAUUUGCCUGUACUGAAAGGCUGUUUUCAAAUGAAUUGUGAAAUAGAAGUGUAAAGAGAAAUGAUCUGUUUGGUAAAAAAGAACUACUUUUUGGUUAGGUGAUAAAAAGUAUUGUGCAUGUGUCAGGCCUCUUUGGACCGUGUUAAAUCCAUAUUGGGGAGAUAUGUCAACAUAAACUACGGAAAGUUUUUAACUGCUAGUAUUGCUGUACGCAAUAAAACCUUUUAGAAAGUAGAUAUGUACAUGUAUUGAUAUGUUUGAUGAUAUUUAUUUCAAUAUUUCUGUAUUAAUUUAGUAAUUGUCUUGUGUUCUAUCUUUAAUAAACGUAUCUGAUCUCUGUAUGAACCAACGGUGAUGUUAUUUCAGGCAACCAUAAACAUGUACAUUUGUGAAAAUGUAGUUUUCUACUUUUUAAAUUGUAAUCAUAGUUGAUAAAACAUGUUCCUUAUCUACAGAAGCCUUGUAUUUUUUAGAAUAUUUUACGCAGUUAGCAAUACUUUAGCAGCCUCUUAUAAGGUUUGUAUUGGAGAUAUUGCAAUACGUGUUUGGUAGUUAGGGUUUCCAUAUACCUGACGUUUAAACCAUUAAAAACAUUACCAAUUGAAAAGAAAAUAGGCUGAUCAUUAAAUAAUGUUGUUUUGGACAUUGUUGAUAGAUAGUUUUUUGAAUUGUAAAAUGAUUGAUUGGUAUUUCGAUUUUUAUCCCCGAAGAGAAGCUGUCAUUUUGGAGAACUUAAUUUCUGUCUAGAAAACGUCAUAAUCCUUCAUCUGUGUUUACUAUUAAAACAGA